UAAUAAUGCUAAAAGAAUACAAUUUUUUUGGUCUGCAUUUUAUUUGAAUAUGCAUAAUGAAUAUACUGCUGUUAAAGCAUGUGGAGGUCUAAAGAAUGAUUCCACAGUAAACAGGGAACCGUCUGACUGAAAGAUGCAUAUAUGCAAAAUAUGCUAUUUUAAAUGCUAAACCUACAGAAAGCUGUGAAAACGACUUUGUUUUUCAGUGGUUUGGUUUUAAGUAAAUCUGCUGAGAAAAUGAGACCAAGUCCCGGACGGGGUUUUUGCAAAACGCUUGGCAUGGGCUCAGAACAGACAGCUUUUCACAGACUUCCCAAAAACCUGAAGAAUUGGUUCCUCUACAGCUCAGGCAAAUAUACAGAAAAUGCUUUGAACCAUGCAAAAGGAGAAAAUAGCUCAGGCAGAGCUUUAAUACAUGUUUGUUGUUUUGUUCAGUCCUCAGAAAAAUGGCAGAAGAAGAGGCGUCAUCUGUUGGUAAUGGACAGUCCACAGCAGCUCAGUCGGCACAGGGUGGUCUUGCGGCGCCCUCUGCAGGCAUCCACAGUGCACUGCAGGACGGACUGCGCUUCACUCCACUGGACUCCAGCGGUGACAGGGUUGUUCAGCCUUUCCCGCGGUCCCCAAAACUACAGAGGAAGUUAGCCAAAGCUGGACAGCUCUCGCAGGAGCAGCUAUCCAGACGUAUGAAGGAGCUGCAGGCAGAGAGGUCCAAGACCGAGGCGCACAUCCAGUCUCUGAAGAAACGCAAGGCGGAUCUGUCUAGGAGCACAGAGGCGAUGAAGCAGCAGGUUCGAGAGCGCUUCGACAGCAUGCGAUGCACCCUGAAGCAGGACGAGCACGCCGUCCUCGACUCUCUGGAGCUGGACCUGAGACGGACCAGGACCAGACUGGACCAGGUUCUUAGGGACUGGAAACAACACCAGGACCAGGUCACUAAGAGAAUCAGCAGCACCCAGAGAGCGCUGAGCAAGAGCCCCGCAGCAGAGGAAGACAGGAAGGGUCAGUCUGAGAAUCUGAGUCCAAAGAAGCCAGAUGCCUCUGAGAAGGAAAUCCGACUGGAUGAAGAGAGAUUUGAAAGGCUCCUUCAAACAUUAUCCUCCAUCUCCAAACAACUGAAAGCUCAGCUGCAGAGGAAGACUCUUCUGUUAGAUUCCUCCCCCAUGGUGAUUGACAGGCAGACGUGCCAUAGCCAGGUCACAGUGACCUCAGAGGGGCGGAGCUUGUCCUUCUCAGGCUCUGCCCAUUCAGCUCCGGAGCAUCCUCUUCAGUUUGAUAAAGUCUGCUGCGCUCUGGGCUCGUCUCCCGUCACAGCCGCUCAGAGUUACUGGGAGGUCGACGUCCGCAGCUGCUCUUCCUGGGCUGUGGGCGUGGCCUACGCCAGCCUGGAGAGGAAGGGCCGAGACAAGGGUGCCAAACUGGGCCGAAACAGGAACUCAUGGUGCGUGGAGCUUCGUAACGGCCAUCUUUCUGCUUGGCACAACGACCGGCAUGUAGCGUGCCAGGGCGUCGGGCAAACGCCGCUGCGAAAGGUCGGAGUGUGGGUGAAUUACGACAAGGGCCAGCUGAUGUUUUACGACGCAGACUCCAUGUUUGUCCUGCAGAGGUUCUCUGCAGCCGUGACGCCGGUGUUUGACAGGGCUCAUCACCAGUUCACCGAGCCCCUGUACCCUGCUAUACGCUUCCUGAGACCACCAGAGAACCAGAUGUGGCCAAAUCACCUGGAGCUCUGUCACCUCAACACUCCGUGAUACUGCAGUCACUCCAGAGACAGUCACGUGGACUCAAUCUGAAUGUCUUGCUAAUGAUGAUGCGUGCAGUCCUUUCUGCCCAUGUGUAUAUAUAUAUGCCAUUAAUUCUGAACAGUAGAGUACAUCAUGAUACAUGAUAAC